AUGUUCGGCAUCAAACUUGAGGCUAGGGUUGACCCAUUUAGCCCCUACAACCUCGAACGAGUGACAACGCCCAUGUACCGUGCUCCGGAAAUGCUCGACCUUUAUCAGAAUUAUCCCAUUAACGAAGCUGGCGAUGUUUGGGUAUGUCUUCAACUUUUAGACCUUUUCGUCUUGGUCUUGCCUCCCUCUCAUCCCCCUUCCUCCACCCUCAUUACUUGGUAUUUUUUGCUCUUAUUGUUAUUACAUGAAACACCCUUACAGCAUGUCAAGUCGUGCCAAUGCUGGACACGCGACUCAGAGUCACCCAGGAUUUUAAAUUGUCCUUUGGUCUCCAGUCAGUGCUCGACUGUCUACUUGUCCUCUCUAUUUUGCUGUGCUCAAUCACUUGAUGGCUGA